AUCAACACUUAUAAUGCAUGGAUUAAUUAUAUAUAAAUUUUCAUUUUCAUUUUCUUUAUUUAAUCAACCUUGUGCCAUUUUGGUGCUUAAUUAUCUGUAUAGAUGUUAAGUAAUCAUUAAAUUAAUUCACACACUGAAGAAAAUCUUGUCAUGAAAGCAAGGAAUUUCAGAUAGUGUCAAGUUUUUCUUUGCUUAUUUGCAUGGAACAUGUUUCUUUUAACAGAUGUCUUGUUUUAGACAAAAGACACAAACACUAUGGCUUCUGUGCUGCAGCUCUUCUACAUUCAAUUCUCCUUCAUCAUUAUCUGCUGUAUGGCAUCAAAACCAAGCAUUCAGCCUUACAUUGUUUAUAUGGGGAGUUCUUCGAGUUUAAGUGCAGGCGAUGAUGACUCGUCCCAUCUGCAGCUGCUAUCAUCCUUGAUCCCAAGUGAAGAAGAGAGUGAGAGAAGAUUCUUGUUGACAUCCUACAAUCAUGCUUUGAAGGGAUUCUCUGCUAUGCUUACAGAGACUGAAGCAUCUGUGCUAUCCGGUCAUGAUGAGGUCGUGUCGAUCUUUCCUGAUCCGGUCCUGAAACUCCACACGACGCGUUCCUGGGAUUUUCUUGAGGCUGCAGAUUCUGGUUUCAGAUCAAGAUACCCUUAUGAGCAGAAGUCAGUUGAUGUUAUUAUUGGAAUCAUAGACACAGGUAUAUGGCCUGAGUCACCUAGUUUCAGUGAUCAUCAAAUUGGGAAGAUCCCAUCAAAGUGGAAAGGAGUGUGCAUGGAAGGUUCUGAUUUCAACAAGUCCAACUGCAAUAGGAAGUUGAUAGGUGCAAGAUUCUAUUCAAACGAGGCGAGCCCGGGCUCACCGAGGGACUUCCUAGGCCACGGGACACACACUGCAUCGACUGCAGGUGGAGCGCCCGUGGCCAACGCCAACUUCUAUGGCCUUGCACGGGGCACUGCCCGUGGUGGCUUCCCGUCUGCUAGGAUAGCCACCUACAAGGCGUGCUCCGAGGAGGGCUGCCCCGGCUCCAUCAUACUAAAAGCCAUCGACGAUGCUGUCAAGGAUGGGGUCGAUAUCAUCUCCAUCUCUAUCGGCUUGAGCUCCAUCCUUCAAUCCGAUUUCCUCAGCGACCCCAUUGCCAUCGGAGCCUUCCACGCAGACCAGAAGGGCGUCAUGGUCGUCUGUUCCGGUGGAAACGACGGCCCUGAUCCUUACACCAUUGUCAACUCCGCUCCUUGGAUAUUCACCGUUGCUGCCUCCACCAUUGAUCGAGCCUUUCAGACCACCAUCGUGCUCGGGAACGGUAGAUCCUUCAAGGGCACUGCAAUCAACUUCUCCCCUCUAACAACAGGCAACGAGUAUCCCUUGGCAUUCGGAGAGAGCAUUGCUUCAAGUUUCGCCACGGCAUCCGAUGCUAGGAACUGCGUACCGGGCUCCUUGGAUUACACGAAGGUAGCCGGAAAGAUGGUGGUGUGCAUGAACGACGAGGCUAAUGUUUCGAGGAGGAUAAAGAAGCUAGUGGUGGAAGAUGCCAAAGCAAAAGGGGUGAUCAUAAUAGAUCCAGAGGAGGAAGAAAUUACUCCCCUUGAUUCAGGCACAUUUCCUUAUGCACAAGUUGGAGCAGCAAUAGGCUCUCACAUCCUCCACUACAUCAACUCCACUAAGAAUCCUACUGCAAGUGUGCUUGCAGCUACAGAGAUGAGAGGGGUGAGGCCAGCUCCAGUUGUAGCAUCCUUCUCCUCGAGGGGCCCCGGAGGCCUCACCGAGAACAUCCUCAAGCCAGACAUCACGGCACCCGGUGUGGCGAUUCUUGCAGCAAUAGUGCCGAGAAUAGAAGCAAACUACGGUGCACCUGGAAACAAAGCAUCUGGUUUCGGCAUCAGGUCCGGCACCUCAAUGGCGUGCCCUCACGUCACAGGCGCCAUGGCGUUCAUCAAAUCCAUCCACCCUAACUGGACCUUCUCCGCCAUCAAGUCUGCAUUGAUCACAACUGCAUCAAGCUCAAACAACAUGGGGAAAGUAGUGUCGAACGGCACAGCAUCUCCCGCCAAUCCGCACGAGAUGGGAGCGGGAGAGAUGAGGCCGACGAAAGCGGCGGAGCCCGGCCUAGUGAUCGAGACGACCACGAUCGACCACCUCUACUUCCUGUGCUACAAGGGCUACAAGCAGAAGACCAUACGAUCGUUGAGCAGCAGGGCCAACUUCAGCUGCCCCAAAGGCGGGGCGGCGGAGGAGCUCAUCUCCAGCCUCAACUACCCCACCAUCUCCAUCGCCAGCCUCGCCCGCAACGCCACCAGGAAGGUCAAGAGAGUGGCCACCAACGUCGGCUCCGACGCCCACGCCACCUACGUGGCGUCCGUGAAUGCGCCCCGCGGCCUGCUGGUGAGGGUGGCGCCCAGCAAGAUGGUGUUCCGGCGCGGCGUCGACAAGGCGGCUUUCAAGGUUUACUUCGACGCCAAGCGAGCGCCCAAGGGCUACAAUUUUGGAGAUGUCACGUGGUUUGAUGGAUCGCACCUUGUCCGAAUUGUGUUUGCGGUUAAUGUCGACUGAUCCUACAUUUUUUCUUUUUCUUUUAUAUAAUUAUAGCAUUGUGCAUGCAGCAGCUAGCGUCAUUGCGUGCGUGGUGUUGAUUAACUUUUCUCAAGUUAUAUAUAUAUGACUCCCUUUUUUUUUGUAUUACACAAUAAAUCAUUGAAAUGAAAACUUUUAAUUAUUGUGAGAAAAUAAUUAUUUUGAUAUUUUAA